CCACGGGAGGGAGGAGCAGAUAGAUCCUUUGUGGAAAUUAGUUGGUUUGUUUUGUGUGAACGCAUGGAAGGAGGUGGUUUCUUUUAAUAAUUGUAAUGCACGCUGUAUUAUAAUUUGGCUGACGGCUUGGUCACUGUAAACAGUAUGCUCGAGAUCUUUUCUCCUAGAUCUGCAAUGCCAAUUGACAUAGCUAUGCAGCUAUAUCUUCCUCCUCCAUUCAAGCAAGCAAGCUAUGCAACAAGAAGAGCACUCAAAAUAACCCAGCCACUACGGCCAUGCAUCCACCUCCACAUCAGUGAUGAUACACCAGAAAGUAAGCACAAAAUCAAGGAGCAGAAACGCGUCUCCUUCGCAGACACAAAAGGCUUGCCCUUGACUACGGUUAAAUUCUUUGAUUUGAAUGACCUAAAUUUUUCCUUUAACGUCGAUGAUUUGAUCAGCAGUUUGGUCGGCCUGAAGACCACAGACAAAGAUAGCCUACUCUUAGAUUUUGCACAGCCCUCAUCUGAUUACCUAGAUUUCAAGAACCGUCUAGAAGCUGACUUUGUCUGCCUUGAAAACUGUAUGUUGCAGGACUGUACAAUUAUGGGGACAGUCAAAGUGAAAAACAUUGCAUUUGAAAAAUCCUUGAAGGUGAGAAUAACAUUUGAUACGUGGAAAACCUUACAGGACCACGACUGCUGCUAUGUCGAAGACUCUUACGGCGGCUCAGACAAAGACACAUUUUCAUUUGAGAUUCGUUUACCGGAGUACAUUGUUCCACAUGAAAGGAUAGAGUUUGCCAUCUGUUAUGAAAGUGGUGGGAAGACCUAUUGGGACAGUAACAAAGGGCAGAACUACAGGUUGAUCCGAUCGGAGCUGAAACAUACUCCUGAGUCUUACAAAACAAAUCAGCCGCUGGACAAUGUAUUGACUGAAUCAGACCACAUGCCAGGAUUUGGGAUUGAGUUUGAUCAUUAUGGUGGACUCCGGUGCUCCUAUGGCUUAUUUCCCGAAUGGCCCAGUUAUGCUGGUUAUGAUAAGAUGGGACCUUACUAUUGAGCGGGUCCUAACAAUGGGUCCACUUGUUCUUGAAAUGUAGAUGGGUUUUUAAUGUUCCUUUCAAAGUAUAACUGGUUUAUAGCAGAAAUUGGGUACAGGAGGCUAGUGUUGGUUGUGAGCAUCAACUUAGACUAUUUCGAACAUUGGAACUUGCGGUUUUUAAACAUUUCUUAUAUUUGGUUUGGCAGUGAACAAACAUUUGUUGUAAUCUGUAACUUGAAAUAUUUUCUGAGGAAUUCAACGAGAACACUGCCGUUUUGAAUAUACAAAGUGCUCAUUUUCUGAACUUUGUGUUGCUGUCUAAUUUCACAGGAUGUUUUGACCUGAGGCACUUCUGUCAACUUAUGGACGACACUCAUCAUUUCCGAAAUGUUCCAAUCUUUUAAAACUGUGCCCAGUUUCACCAAGUAAUUUCGGGAAGCUCUGCUAAAGCAGUAAUCAACAUGUGAAAUGGACUUGUGUGUAGGGCAGUGGAAAUGCCAUGAAGGAACAUGGAGGAAGCUGUGAUGGAAGCCAUCGCAGAGCCUUUAUGGAUGGAUGAUCUGAUAAUCUUUCUCAACCUUAUUUUACUUAAAGAACUAUUUGAAGCCCAAAUGUGCAACUUUGUUGAACUAGGAUUCUGACAACACGUUCAUUCUAAUGAAGAUUUUCUUUUAAAGUAUUCAAAUUGCUGAGUUGUUAAUUUUGAACAAUAAGUAGUACUCAAACUGAUUGGAAUCAGCUUGAAUUAAGUCAAAUUAAUGAAUGGGAAGAAAGGAGAAUGAACAUUUACAUAUUUAUUCUGUCUUGUAGAAAUUUGACACUUCCUCAAAGAUUAUGAUGCCCAAUUUUUUUGCAUCUCCCAUUUAGUUUUCUGUACAAACCAGCUUGAAUAGUAGAUUCCUUCUUCCCACCACUCCCUUCCUCCCCCAGAAGUCUUGCAUGCUAGUGACUAGGAGCUUGUAUAGAGAUGCUCCUUCACUCUCGGCUUGAAGACAUUUUAGACUGAAGUCCUUCUCCCUCUCGUGUGAGGUUAUAUUUGUUUGGGAAAUGUAUCAAAUCGUGUUGACUCUUUCUUUUGACUAUACUGUGGAUUACUGUGUUUGUCAGAACCAAAUCUUUGUUUCAAUUUCAUAGACUGUGUUGCAUUCUGAGUGAACAGGAAUGUGUGUCAAUAAAUGACUUACCCUUUGUCUUUAAGGCACUGUCAGCUGGGACGCAGCUUCUUGAGGAGUUACAGUUCCCAAGUGUCCUAGCCAAGGGUAACCUUGUUUUGUUCUAUGUAGUAGACAUGAUAUUGGCUAAGCUAUUUCAUUUGAAUAGGCAUCAAGAUAUGCUGCAUCAUACACAAAACUAUAAUUUAUUCAAGCUAGUGUUAACUCCAGUUCCCCAGUUUGAACAGCCUAGGAAACUUAUGGCUUUUGUUCAGUUUUCUACCAAGUGGUGAGGGUCAUGCAUUGAACUGCCUGGGAACUUUUGAAAGUACUUCUCAAUCAUAAAAAUUUGGAGACUUUAUUCUGCCCCAUAUCUGUGCUGUUGCAACCACUAGGUCAUAUAUUGAGUGCAAUUCUUUACAGUGAACUAUCGUAAUGCUGGUUUCCCUCAAUGAAGGCCAUUUUAGACUGUACUAGCCACAUGCCCCGUGGACAUUUCUGUGAAAUUCUGUGCAUCUUGCCCCACUGCAUGAGGCCAGUAUUUAAGCAUUGGGCAGGUCACACAGCAACUGCCACUUUCCAUUUUUUUUAAAGAGCCAUUCUGGAGUUUUGCCUGCUGCUUGUGGGACAACAUUCCGUGACUCUGUCCUACUUUUUUCUCUCUGAUACUGUAAACUAUUGGCUUUGGCUGUGAAUCCCAGAAAUUGUGGCAGGCAAGGAUAGAAUCCACUUGUCCCAUUGCCUGUCCUGUAGCUGUGGUUCUCUAUUUUAGCUCCAACCUCUAUGCACUUCCCCUCCCUCCCUCCACACCUCAUUUCCAGCACUUUUCAAACUCUAGUUAAUCUCCCAUUCUUGCUCAGUAAGCACUUAUGGUAAAACAUCCCAUUUCUCAAUCUGUGUGGGGUCGGGGGAAUCUCUCUUAAUUUCACUCCUUCCCCACCCUCCCAUUUUUUUUGUCCCAGUUCCUUGAGGCUAUUUCACCAAUGGACAGGAAUCCAUGUUAUUUUGAAGGUCUUGGAAUAAAUUUUCUGAUAAUCGAGUCUUGUGCAAUGUUCCCUGUAAAUAAAACAAAAAUUGUUUAUAUUCAAUCUUCAGUCAUAUGGAAGGCUAAGAUUGAGUAAGGCUAUGAAGGGAUAUGGAGCAAAUGAACCUGAAGGUCAGUAGUGCUGUUGGAACAGGCUGUAAGGUCUGAGUGGUUUCAUGUUUCUCUUUCCCAGUUGUAAUGGUCUAAUUGAACAGUGAAGCAAACCUGAGGUGACUUCCUGCUCCUCAAAUCAGGAAUACUCUGAGCUUGUUCAGUAUUGAUCACUGGUUUUGUGUUUGUUUUUUUUUGGCAAAUGAGAUUCUGUGUUUGAUGUGCUUUACACAUUAAAGGUUGAUCUGCUGUG